AGGCAGGUUCCGGUUUGAGGAGCCAUUCUGAGCAGCAGCUCAGGAUCCCCAAGACCUGGGCCCUCUGUUUCUAAGGCAACAUCCUGUGGAAUCUGGCUGCCUGCCUCUCCCCUCCCACCGCCCGCCCGCCUGCAGGGGAGCCAGGGGCGGAGACAGAGCACAGGCAGCGAUCUCAUUAGAAAAACCAGAGCGCCUCGCGCUAGAGACACAGUGCCCGCCUGGCCCCCCGCCUCGCCUCACCUGGACCCUGCCUGGCCCCCUGCCUGCCCUCAGCCAUGGCUGUGCAUCCGCUCUCCUGGCUGCUCCGCUUGGCUGUCCUCUGCCAUCUAGCCCUGCUGCUGGCCGGACAGCACCACAGUGUGGACUCAUGCAGCGUCAUAUGCAAAAAAAUGACCUCGGAGAUCCCCCGGAAACUCCUAGCCAGCUAUCGACGAACGGAAGCAUCUUGCCGCACACCUGCCAUCAUCUUGAAGACCAACGGGAACAGGGAGUUGUGUGCGGACCCCAAGGAGGACUGGGUGAAGAAAGCCAUGGAGCAUCUGGACCGCAAGGCCGCUCCCUUCUACGGCAACAAGGCCGCUCCCUUGUACGGCAUGCAGACCGACCCCAGGAUUCCCCCGUCCACCAGGGGGACGGACCGGUCUCCGGCCUCAGAGCCCACGGCCACCGCAGAAAGCAGCAGCCAGGUGGCACGCGGGCCCUCGGAGACUUCCCCAAAGCUGCCCCAGGGCGUGACUGAUUCGUGGGGGAACAUGUCCGCCCCCACCUCACCGGCUCCGGAUGGAGGGCCUUCAGGUGGGCCCGAGAGAACGGAGCUUUUCAGUGUUGCUGCUGCCACCACUGCCACCUCCACCGCCACCACCACCACCGCCACCACUGCCACCACCACCACCACUACCACCACCACUGCCACGUCCUGGCAGAGCUCUUACCAGCCUACAGUGGACCUCGGGACUGAGGGGAAGGCCUUUGAAACCCCCUCCACCCAGGCCCCCUCCACCCAGGCCCCCACCAUUUCACACACAGCCCCAGACCACGGGCAGGACCUCAUGCCGGGGAACCCUCUAGGGUCCAGUUCAGCUCACACGGAUGCUAUCACCGGGCCCGGCAGCACGCCCCGUGUCUCUGUGGCCCCCAGCAGGGAGCCAGUGGCCACAGGCAGCUGGGCCCCCACGCCCAAGAACCCCCAGAGGCUGGGCAUCCUCAGCACUCCCGUCACCGAGGCCACCCGGAGGCAGGCGGUGGGGCUGCUGGCCUUCCUCGGCCUCCUCUUCUGCCUGGGGGUGGCCAUGUUCACCUAUCAGAGGCUCCAGGGCUGUCCCCGCAGCGCGGUGGGGGACAUGGUGGAGGGGCUUCGCUACGUCCCCCGGGGCUGCGGCAGCAACUCAUAUGUCCUGGUGCCAGUGUGAGCGGCCCACCUGCCUGUGUCCAGAUGUUCCACUCAAACAGCUGCCGGGGGUCCCCCAUCCUCACUCCUCCCCUCCCCCAAGGGCCUGGCCCAAGCUGGGAUGAUGGAAGCAGGGAGGCAGGACCCCCCAGGGGGGACUGUCCCCAACUCCUGGCAGACACAGGAGGCCCCUUGGCCAUCCAUGACCUGCUGGAGGCAGAGGGGGUGGCCUCCGAAACUCACCCCAAUGCCCCCCAAGUCGGAGAACUCUUUUGCUGCUGGCUGCUUAAAGGUUCCCUUUGACACCGUCCCAGCCCCAUCGAACGAUUAUUUAUUGAAGUCUCAGCCCCUCCGGCCCGUGUCCGCCUGUAGGUACCACGGUCGUCCCUCUCACAAAUGCGUCUCGGCCAGGCCCUUCUGCACACUCCCUCCGACCUCAUCGCGUCUUGUGGUCCCGCUGCAGUCGCCAGUCACCCGGCCGCCUGCGGUGCUAGCCCCCCCACCCCCUGUACAGAGCCCACGCCCUAGCCGGGACCUGUCUUUUCCUGCAUGAGGCGGGCGUGGUGUCUGCUGGCGCUGCUCUCAGCGAAGGCUCAGCCGAUUAGGCUCUGUGGGAACCGGAGACGAAGUGGCCUGGCUGUUUAGACUGCUUCCCUCCUCCGUCUGUGCUGAGCAGGGAGGGGACAUUGACUCUGAACGUGAAGCCCGGGGUUCUAGGCCCAGGCCCACCACCAACCUGACGAGGCAUCCGCCCCUCUGGCUUCCCAUCUGUGGAAGGACACAAGGACUGCAAAUAUGUGGCAAUGACCUGUACCCCGACGGGCAUCCCUACGUGGCCCAGAGACCCCUGUCCCCAGAUCCUGGGGACAGCUUCACCGUCCGCCAUCAACAGAGCACCUUAGCCAGUCUCCACCAGCCAGGGAGGCAGGCCCCGCCCUGUGACCCAGAGGGCCCGGCAGCCCAGCCCUGACCUGUUGGAGGGGGUCAGCACUGUGGGCCCCAGAGUGGGGGCUGGGCUGCGGUACUUGGGGGGACAGAGACCAAUUUUAAAGGCCCCUUCCUGACUUGGAGAACAGCCCCUUUCUGUGUCCACCAGGAGUACAGGAACACUGAGAUGGCCCUGGUGACAUGUGACAGGCUGAAGGAGGAGGGGAGCCUGCAGGCUCCGGGGAAGGCUGAGGCACUGCCUGGGAGUGGGGGGGCAGGGCAGGGUCCAGGAAGAAACUGCAGGGAGCAGUCACACUCCCUGUUAGGGACUUGGGUCCAGCUUUUGGUCUUUCUACCUGCAGCCCGGGCUCCCCAGCCACCUCUCUGGCUCCCUGUCCGCACGCUAUCUCCUCCCCUCACCUUUGCCCCCACGGCAGGCAGGGCCAGGAGUGUCCGUGACGUUUCCCACGAGCUCAGAAUCCACUGCUGACACCCGAGGUUCCGUGUUUAUUCUGAAGGAACUCUGCCCUGUGGGGAGGGACCCGAGAGGGGAGGGAAUAGUGUGUGCGGGUGGGGGGUGGGGAGGGGGGUUAAGGGGUUCCUUUUGGCCGCUGAGGAUGCAGGGAGGCCUGGGUGAGGCUGGCAGCUGUGGCUGGCCAGCACCCCACCCAGAGCUGGACCUGCAGCGCCCCCCUCCUCAGGGUCCCUGAUGGCAGCUCCCCACCUCCCUCUGAUUGUCCCCAAGGCUGACCCUUGCCCUCCAGCUGAGAAGCCUCCCAGGGGUGGGGCUCCCUCCAGGUACAGGUGACACAUCCCUUUACAGACGGAUGCUCAGAGGGAGCAGGCACAGCUCUGGUCCAUAAGGGAGGGCCGGGCCCGCCCGCACCCCCCUGCUGGACAUGGCACCCCCUGAUUGGGCCUGGCUUGAGUCGGGGCCACUUUUGGGAAAACAGCAGGUCUGAAUGCACUUUUACGGGCUCCUCCCAGCUGGGAGCCUUCAAGGGGAGGGGCACCCAUGAUGGGGUUCCCCUCCUUUGUCAGAAAGCAGCUGGGGCAGCUGGUCCCCUUCCCACGGACCUAGUUAGCUCCUCCGCAACGGGACAUGGACAAGGACAAUUUGGGGAGGACUUUAGAAGGAGACGGUUGAUCCUUUUGCUUUUCCAACCCCAUCACCAAUGUCUGUGCCAUUUUGUAUUUUACUAAUAAAAUGGGAAAGUCUUGUGGAUCAAA